AUGACAAAGCCGGGCGCGCUUUUUCCAAGUUCAUCAUCUAAGUUCGGAAUCGAUCAGAGAGGAGGCUCACGGCAGUCUCAGGUGAUCGCAAAACUGAAGCCAAAGAUCAGAGUAAUUCACGUGGAUGCACCGAAAAUAAUACAAACUGAUGCGGCAAAUUUCAGAGACCUUGUUCAGAGAUUGACCGGCAAGCCUGGAUAUAACCGGAGGACUGUGGAAAAACAAGAAGAAGGAGAGGACUUUCUGGGUCUGCGAAAUGGCAAGAGGAUCAAGAAUGAAGAAGAAGAAGAAGAAGAUGAUGAUGAUGAGAUAUCGAGGAGGUUAAAGUCAAACAAGGAGAUCAGGUUGGGUGGUUUCUUUGAUCAUCGUCGUCAUCAUGCUGGGUUCUCUGAAGUGGAUGGCUUUAUGGAACAGUUAAGUGCUAUGAACUAA